AUGGAAGAUGUUGGUGGAGGAAGUGAUGAUGAUAGUGAUUCUAGUGUCCAAAUUAUUGAGACAUUGGAUGAAAUUGGAGAAAUUUAUGGAGGUGAAGCUGUAGAUGAAGGCCCAAUAGAUGAGGCCCAUACCAAUUCAACUUACCAAGAUGAUGAUGAUGGUGGAGGAUAUGAAGAGGAUGAUGAUUUGGACAACUUGGUUAGUGAUGAAGAAGAUGGACCAGUGCUUAAAAAGAAACACAUUGAAUUUGAUCCACACUUCAAGCCUAAAAAUAUCAAGUUUGAAUUGGGAAGGGAAUUCCCUACUGUUGAGCAAUUGAGUGAAGCAUUAAAUGAGCAUUUCAUCAGCAUUGACAGGCAGUACAAAUAUAUUAAUAAUGAUAGGUUGAGAAUUAGAGUUGUAUGCAAAGGAGAAGGCUAUAAAUGGUUAAUGUAUGCUCGGAGGAUGAGAGAUGAUUACACUACAAUGCGAAUCAACAAAUUUGAGGAAGAACACAGCUGUGGAAUUUUAUGGGAGAAAAGGCUAGUAGAUGCUGAUUGGAUUACAAAAGAGUUCUUGGAGAAGUUCAGAGCAAAUCUAGCCAUGUCAUUUGGUGAUUUCAAGAAAGCAAAUCUUGAGGGUAAGUACUCUAAACUCAACUCCUGGACUUUUUAUCGAGCUAAGAACAAAGCUAUGGCCAAGAUACAUGGAACGGUUAAAGAUCAAUAUGUUAUUCUGCAUGAUUAUUGUGCACAAUUAGUAAAAUUUAAUCCUGGUAGCGUAGCUUUCAUCAUAACAAGUUUAGUGAAUGAUAUAAGGUUUUUCGAAAGGGUUUACAUAUGCCUUGCAGCAUGUAAAUCUGGUUUCAAGUUCCACAAGCCCAUCAUCAGGUUAGAUGGGUGCUUUUUGAAAGGAUAUUGUAGGGGUAUGUUGCUUGCAGCCAUUGGUAUUAAUGGAAACAACAACAUGUUUCCUCUUGCAUAUGCUGUAGUUGAAAAGGAAAACACUAAUAGUUGGACUUGGUUUGCGCAACUACUGAAAGAGGACCUAGAUGUACAAGACAUAGGAUUCUUCAUUUUUAUUUCAGGCAGACAAAAGGGGUUGGAAAGGGCUUUAGGAACAAUUUAUGAAGGUUCUGAAAUACGAUUUUGUGUUAGGCAUCUUUAUGCCAACUUCAAGAAGGAGUUUCUUGGAUGGUUGUUGAAGCAACAAUUAUGGGCUUGUGCUAGAGCUACUACAGUGGAAGAAUUCAAAAGGAAAAUGAAUAAAUUGAAGGAGACUAAUGCAGCAGCUUUUGAUUGGUUUUCCAAAAAGUCACAAUCUGAAUGGACCAAGUCCCACUUUAGGACUUCCACUAAGUGUGAUAUGUUGCUGAAUAAUCUUUGUGAGAGUUUCAAUUCAACCAUUCUGGAUUGA